AGUUAUAUUUUGUAAAUGACGCUUACUAUUGAUAAAGAACACAAACAGCCAAGAUGUUUAUGAUACCAUUGCUUGUACUAGCUGCAACCAGCACCUUAAUUGAGUGUAAUGAUAGCGGUUGGGUUACUCCAGAGAGUGAUGAAACCUGCCACUCAAAAGAUGCGGAUAACUGUAAGGAGAUCGCCAACGACCCCAUCAACCUGUUGAUCGUUGGUACCACAGGAAGUGGAAAAAGUUCAACAGGGAACUCCAUUCUGGGGAAGAAAGCGUUCGAAACCGACUCAGGCACCUCAACGGUAACACAGCACAUUCAGUCGGCGUCCUCAGAACACGACGGCUUCGUUUUCACGGUUGUCGACACGCCUAGUGACCUUAAAUCUUCGCAUGAGAGAAUAAUGGAGAUUUUAAAAACCUUGAGCCCGGGUGGAUUCGACGCCGUCUUGUUGGUCGCGCCGUUUGGUAAAAGGUUUACGGAUGAAGACAGUGAAACGGUUGAAAAUUUGAAAGAAGUGUUUGGGGAGAAUGUGAUACAGCAGAAUACAAUACUUGUCGUAACACGCGGGGAUUUGUUUAAUCUGGAACAAAAUGAAGAGCCGGAUUUCGAUAAAUGGUGCUCAAGACAAACCGGCACUUUUCAUCAUCUGCUUGAGGAAUGUGGGAAGAGAGUUGUUUUGUUUGAUAACAAGACCAAAGACAAGGAAAAGAUGAGGAUGCAGAUGAAUAAAUUGAUGAAACUGAUCAAGGAAAAUAAAAGUAUUUAUUCCGAGGGCGAUUUCGAAAAGGCUGAGCCGCAGCAAAAUCGCAGACUGGAAUGUGUCAACGCAAUGAACAUGAUUUCCGAAGAGCUCCAAGUAGUUCUGAGAGAUAAUCCACCUCGUCUGGAAGCGCUGGAGAACCUCAGGAGCAACAUUUUUGUGUGGAUAAACCGCGUGAUGGAUUACGCCGCCAAAGAUCCAACGCUGAUGGAUGUGCUAAGGGAGAUCACUGAGUUCUCCAACAGCAUCACGAGGGUUAUUAAAGAAAUUCGUCCUGAGAAAAAUGAGCCGCCCAUGGACGAAUAUUUUUAGCAUCCAGUUCUUGUGAGGAGCGCCGAUAUUUGUUUUCAGUCAACCUAUCUUUAGAUUGUCUCCCUUACUAUUCUCCACUGGUAUCUUAGUCUUCCUCACUUUUUUUCCACUGGUAACUUAGAAAGUCUACAUUACAUCGCCAGCUGGUAACUUACAGGAUCUUCCUUACUGCGAACACCAGUAAAUUAGAUAUUCUCCCCUACCCGCCUACAUCACUAAGUUUGAUAGUCUCUCUUCCUCUGCCAACUGGUAACUUAGAUAGUCUCUCUUCCUCUGCCAACUGGUAACUUAGAUAGUCUCUCUUCCUCUGCCAACUGGUAACUUAGAUAGUCUCUCUUCCUCUGCCAACUGAUAACUUAGAUAGUCUCUCUUCCUCUGCCAACUGGUAACUUAGAUAGUCUCUCUUCCUCUGCCAACUGGUAACUUAGUCUCUCUUCCUCUGCCAACUGGUAACUUAGAUAGUCUCUCUUCCUCUGCCACCUGGUAACUUAGAUAGUCUAUCUUCCUCUGCCAGCUGGUAACUUAGUCUCUCUUCCUCUGCCAACUGGUAACUUAGAUAGUCUUUCUUCCUCUGCCAACUGGUAACUUAGAUAGUCUCUCUUCCUCUGCCAACUGGUAACUUAGAUAGUCUCUCUUCCUCUGCCAACUGGUAACUUAGAUAGUCUGCUUUACUACGUUUACUGGUAACUUAGAUAGUCUCUCUUCCUCUGCCAACUGGUAACUUAGAUAGUCUGCUUUACUACGUUUACUGAUAUCUUGGAUAGCUUCCCUUACUACGUUCACUGGUAAGAUUCACCCUGACUCCGCCCAUGACUAACUUAGCCUCCCUGACUCCGCCCAUUGAUAACUUAUCGUUCUUGUGUCAUCUUCAGCCAUGUGUAUUUUGUUAUAAGCAAGAAAAAAAUCAAGCAAUAUAUUAUUUUCCCCUACUUAAAGACCUACAGAUUGUGGAUUUAGAGCUAAUUUUAAGUCAUGAUAGAUCAGUGAUUGUAUAAGGAUUCAUCUGACACUUGGCGGUAGAACUAAAAUACUUAGAGCAGCUCACACAACCACAUGCUAGAACUAUUUCUGGUGUUCAAAUACAAAAAUAUUAAGUUCUAUCAGUGUAUGUUAUUUAUUUAUAUAAAAUGUCGAACAGUAGUGUAAGUAGUUUAAAUAACAUUUACAUAUUUUAAAAAUCUGAUUUUAUGAUAGUGUAUUUAGGCCAACUAUAUAGACGAGAAUGUAGAUUAUAUGGCUAAUUAACUCUUGUUUUGGUAGAUCAACUCUUUUACAUGUCUGCUUUUUUAGACAUAGAUUCAUUUACUUUAUUUGCAAUUUUAUUUAACUUCUAGGUUAAUAGUUUGAUGCAUCAUCAACGUUGAAAAUCUUAUUUCACUAACCAGAAAUCGAUAUUAUAAAUUUCGUUUUAAAUUGGUCACCACCGUUAUUCAAAAACCAACAUAUGUUCUGUUCAGUUAUUAGUAACAUGUAUUUUAUAAGAUUCAAUAUUGGGGAAGUAUGUUUCAACACUUUUAAAAAUUAGGCGUGUAUUUAGUAAGUCGCAAAAUUAUUUGUUUGCUAUAUAUAACUACCAUGAAAUAAAAAAGAAAUGUAUCCUUACAUUAUUUGACACUUCCUUAGACCAUAGCCUAUCAUUAUGCUUCAGUAUAUAGGCCAAACAUUAACAUUUGUAUCUAAGUAAACAUAUGUUUCAUAUAUAUAUAUAUAUAUAUAUAUAUAUAUAUAUAUAUAUAUAUAUAUAUAUGUGUGUGUGUGUGUGUGUGAGUGUGUGUAUCCGUGUAUUAUGUGUGCUUGUAUUUGUUCCUCGUAUAUGAUUUUUAAUUAUCCGACCUUACUUUAAUAUUGUUCCUACGCUGGUGAUUGCUUCUUUGUAUAUAUCAAAUUUAUUUUUAAUUUUUAAAAAGUUAAUCUAUUUUAAUUAAAUGCUAAUCAUUCUCUUUGAGCUUCAAUUGUCAUGAUUGGCUAAUUCGAAUUUCGAUACGGACAGUUGUAAUUUCCUUUAAUUUUCAGUUUGAAAUAUUUUGAUUAUUAGCACCAAAAUCUGUUGAAAGCUGCGUAUCUAUUUGAUAAAUUUAGCAGAACUUGUGCUAUAAAUGUCUAUUUAGAUGGCUUUUUAAAUAUAAUUUUCUAAUUGUUUAUUUUAUUCAUUGAGAGUAAUAAAAAAUAUGUUUGAUUUGAAACAUAGAGUUA